CGGCCCGGGCCGCCGCGUUCGUGCAGUCCGCGGCGGGGCCCUGUUCUGCCGCCGCUCGUCGCCGCCAUGAGCGCUGGGCAGGCCGCGGAGGAGGCGGCCGGUGCUGCCGUGCCCUCGGCGCUGCCGAAGGUGCUCUCAGCCGUCUUCUACGGGACGUGCUCCUUCCUCAUCGUGCUGGUCAACAAGGCCCUGCUCAGCGCCUACAGCUUUCCAUCACCAAUCUUUCUUGGAAUUGGACAGAUGGCAGCCACUAUACUUAUCUUGUAUGUGUCAAAAUUAAAUAAGAUCGUUCACUUCCCUGAUUUUGACAAAAGUAUACCUGUUAAGUUGUUUCCUCUGCCUCUGAUUUAUGUUGGAAACCACAUAAGUGGAUUAUCAAGUACCAGCAAACUCAGUUUGCCGAUGUUUACAGUACUCAGGAAGUUUACCAUUCCACUUACUUUACUGCUGGAAAUCAUCAUACUUGGGAAACGGUAUCCAUUGAGUAUUGUAGUCAGUGUAUUUGGCAUCAUUCUUGGAGCUUUCAUAGCAGCUUGGUCUGAUCUGUCUUUUAAUCUGGAAGGCUACACCUUUGUACUGCUAAAUGAUAUCUUCACAGCAGCUAAUGGAGUUUACACAAAGCAGAAAAUUGAUCCAAAGGAAUUGGGAAAAUACGGUGUCCUUUUCUAUAAUGCUUGUUUCAUGGUGGUACCAACAGUUAUUAUUAGCUUUUCUACUGGAGACUUUCAGCAGGCAACACAUUUCCAGCACUGGACAAAUUUUUUAUUUGUCUUUCAAUUUAUUCUUUCCUGCAUCUUGGGGUUUCUCUUGAUGUAUUCUACUGUCCUAUGCAGUCAUUACAAUUCUGCACUCACAACGACAGUCAUUGGUGCCAUCAAGAAUGUAUCCGUCGCCUACAUUGGCAUGUUGAUUGGUGGAGAUUACAUAUUCUCCAUACUAAACUUCAUAGGGCUAAAUAUUUGUAUGGCAGGGGGACUGAGAUACUCCUUCUUAGCCUUAAGAGGGAACAGCAAGCCUACGCAACCCGAGGACGAAGAGAAUGCACUUCCCGAGUCAAAGAGUUAGCCAAAAUGCUUGCCUUGAAAGACACUGAAAAUACAAAUGUUUAGCAUGGCUGAGAACUCAAAUAAGUAUAUGCUGGAAUUCAUUUGGAACCAGAGAAAAAACCCUACCUCAGAUGC